GCACUUUUCUUCGUGGGAGCUCGAUGGAAGGUGAUGGGUACACAAGGAUUUGGAGUAGCGUUGCUGAUUUUAGCGACAGCGCUGCCGCUUUCAUCGCAAGCUGCCAAAGUGAAGUCUCCACAUAUCGUGAUGAUUCUAGCAGACGACCUGGGCUGGAACGACGUGAGCUUCCACGGAUCGUCGCAGAUCCCAACGCCCAAUCUGGACGCCCUGGUGGCAGACGGAGUCAUCUUGAACAGCUACUACGCUCAGCAUCUGUGCACCCCCUCCACUGCUCUGCUCACCGGACUCUACCCGAUACGAACCGGGUUACAGCACGACGUUCGCAUUCCUGGCCAACCGGGAGGGUUGCCGGUGAACUUCCAGAUUCUUCCCCAGUACCUCAGAAAACUAGGCUACAGGACGCACAUGGUGGGAAAGUGGCACCUCGGCUACUCCAAGGAAGCGUACACGCCCACGGAGCGAGGCUUCGAAAGCUUCUACGGCUACUACAACUUCGGCGAAGAUUACUACAACCAUACCCUGGACCUGGACAUCUCAAACCAGAUUUUGGAGAACGAAUCAUUAAAAGAGCGCAUCAUUUGUAUGGAACAGGACUUGGCAGUCGCUAAAAAGAAGAUUGCUGAGCCUGAGGAGGAAAAGAAGCUACCCAACCUUCCGGAAGUUACCAAAAGCACAGUCAUGCAGUCUGACAAGACUGUGAAAUUUUACACGGGGCUAGUGUCUACAGCUAUGUUUAAUGCCUUGCUGCAGUUUGUGCUGUCCAUCUGGAAUCCACCAUACAGAACAUGCCUAGAUGCAGAGCAGCAACUGAUCCUAGUGCUCAUGCGACUGCGACUAGGUCUUCUAUCACAAGACCUGGCAUGUCAAUUUGGCAUCUCAGCACGCACUACUGAGCUGCCGGUAAGUUUCGCGAAAAGAGCCGGCGAUGAGGGCUACGUGACCAUUGACAAGAUAGCAGCGGUGUGCGGCGGGAUUGUCAACCUGCAAACUCCUCUCAUCAACAGCCGCUAG